AAAAAUCAAGAGUGUAACAUACGUUGUAUACAAUUUUACUGUGUAAACGGAAAUAUUGCGCACUAGACUUGUUACUGUUCCUGUCGAGCGCGUUUACACGUAAGCAUAACUUUGGGUGACUCCCCGGUUGUGGAGCAGUUCACUCUAUCAUCUUUGGUGCCUGAGAUCUUGAUUCCGAAACGCAACAGAUCUCUGUCUGUGAUCGAUGGUGAUUUUGAUGCAGAAGAGGAUUAAGAACGAAUUAUUUGGAACUACGCCCCCAAAAUAAGUCAGAUGUAAGGCAUCCAUGUUGUGAACAGCCCGGACACAAGAGUUUACAGCAGAAGAACAUGAGUCUUCCACGACCCACUGGGCUCAAGCAGCCCUCUCGUAUCGGCAGGCCGACCGGUCUGCCCACCCCUCGUUCUCAAGGAAGCGACCCUAAAACGACCCCGGGGCCGCCAAAAGCUCAGAGUGCAAUCGCCAAGUCAGCUCGAGGUGUAGGAUUCGCCCCCAGCCACGCCGACAGAUACGCCCAUGACGCGAACUGUGCAUUGAAGAAAGGCCCCCAGCCCCCCUCGGAAGACGGCUCCGUCAACACAGACGACUUCAAGAUCGGCGACAGAAUCUGGGUGAGCGGCACAAAGCCAGGCGUGAUCGCUUUCAUCGGGGAGGCGAGCUUCGCCCCAGGGGAGUGGGCGGGCAUCGUGCUGGAUGAGCCCGUGGGGAAAAAUGACGGCAGUGUCAUGGGAGUGCGCUACUUUCAGUGUGAGCCCAAAAGGGGCGUGUUCUCGCGUCUGACAAAGCUGUUCCACGGACCACAGUCUCCGUCGCGGCCACCCUCUCAAGGUUACGACAGUUCUUCCAGCGAGCCCAGGAGCUCGGUCCCGGCAAGUGGCGGCGACAGUCGCCUCCAGACGCCCACCACCAGCAACGGCACCCCGGCUUCCUCCAGCAUUCCUCCGCGACCUUCGUCGCGUCUGGGCAUGAGUGCCAGCAAAAACCUGUCUACGUCGUCGACUAGCCUGAACAAAGGCUCGACGGGCGUGGCGCCAUCUACCACGGCCAUGCGCCUCCCCGGGACCAUGCCGGGCGGCGCCAAGAUGGGAGACAGGGUUCUAGUCAGCGGCUCUAAGCCCGGCGUUCUGCGCUACAUCGGAGAGACAGACUUUGCCAAGGGGGUGUGGGCCGGCGUGGAGCUGGAUGAGCCGCUGGGGAAGAACGACGGAGCGGUCGCAGGGAAAAGAUACUUUGACUGCAAGCCGAUGCAUGGCCUGUUUGCCCCCGUGCACAAAAUCGCCCGCGCCGGCGGUUCGGCCACCUCCACCCCCUCCCCCCACUCCCGGCCGCUCAUGACCACGAGUCUGCGUAGCUCACGGGAGCGCAGCGGCAGCCAGGAGAGCGUCUCCUCCAUCUCCUCCACGGCCUCCAGCGUGUCGCGAUCGCGGGUAAGGUUGGGAGUCACCUCACUGGCCAACCAGUUUGCAUUUUCACAGGCCUCGAAAACAGGACAAAGGCCCAGCACUCUAAACCUCUCCGCCACCACGGCCGCGUUACAGAAAGCGCUGAAGGAGAAAGAGGAGCACAUCGAACAGCUGCUGCGUGAGCGCGACCUGGAGAGGUCAGAGGUCGCCAGGGCGGCCGCUCACGUAGACGAGGCGGAGGGUCAGCUGAGCAGCAUCAAGUCGGAGAAAGAGCGGCUGAUGCAGGACGCGGACGAGCAGAUCUCGGGGCUACGGACCAAACUGUCGGACGUGGAGGGAGAGAAGCAGGAGCUCAUGGCGUUCCUGGAGGAAGAGAAAAGGAAAGUGGAAGACUUGCAGUUCCAGCUGGAGGAAGAAGCUCUCAAAGACGACGGAGAGUCGAGGGCCUCAGAUGAGCUUCAGGUCAAGGAAUUGGAGCGACAGACAAAGAAAGAAAAAGAACGCGCAGACAAGUUGGAGAAAGAGCUACAGGAAAUGAAGGAGCAGCUACAGUCCCAUCAGAAGUCUGUGAGCGAGGCGGAGGAGGCUCAGAUCUCCUACCUGGACCAGAUUGAGGAGCUCACCUACAAGCUGACGCAGGCCGAGACCAAGGUCAAGACGUUCGAGUCCUCCAGAUUGGAAGAUGGAGCAAAGACGAGUCAAGUGAGCAUCGAGCUGGUUGAGAAGGCGGAGCGCGUCAAAGAGCUGGAGGAAAUGCUGGCCACCCAGCGCCAGGAAAUGACGGCCAUGACCCAGCAGCUGAGCGAUGUGAGAGACGAGUUGGUCACCCACAAAGAAAAAGCCAAGAGACAAGAGGACCAUGUGCAAGGAAGAGCAGAUGUCGGAGCUGGUGAAAAAUUCCGGAGAUAGCUCCAGUCAGUUGGCAUCUCUCAGUGAUCAGCUCAAGGAAAAGAAUAGCAACAAGGCUAAACUGGAGGUUGAAAAAUCUCGAGACGAAGCGAAGAAUCAGAACGCUGGGCUUGUUCAAGAGAGGGACUCGCUGCAGCAGGAGCUGUUCACGAUAAAGAGCGACUCACAAACCAACAACAUCAAAGUGGACGAGAUGAAGAGAGAGCUGGAACAGUUCCAGAAGGAGUCUGAGAAGAAGGCAGAAGAACUGAUGCAGAAGUCCCAGACAGACGCAGAGCUCAUGUCACACGAAUUGCAAUCGGUGAAGACGUCGCUGCAUGAGAUGACGGACAAGGUCACGUCGAAGGAUCGGGAGAUUGCCGCUCUUAAGGAGGAGCUGGCCCAGAAAAACAAAGCAGCGCAGGACAGAGAAGUGUUGGCAAAAGAAAAAGUGGAAUUGUUGAAAGAACAGGAGGUGGCACAGGAAAGGUGCAGAGAUCUCAUCAAAGAAGUGGAGAAAAAGUCGCAGAAGGUGGAUGAGCUACAGUCGGAGGUGAAGGUUUUGCAGACGACGGACGGAGCGCUGAAGCGAGAGAAGACCUUCCUGGAGGGACGCGUGUCGGAGCUGGACGGUCAGCUGCAGGUGGCUCAAGCCCAGGCCACGCAGGCCGCGGCCAAACUGGCCUCUUCGGCCGACAGCAUGUCAGGAGACGCGGUGUACGCCCAGCUGAAGGAAGAAGCGACGUCUGCCCACGGCCAGGUCGACUUUCUCAACUCGGUGAUCGUGGAGCUACAGAACAAGAACUCUGAGCUGGAGCACCGGCUGUCUGUCAUGGAGGACUCGGGGAUACACACCAACGGAGACUUCAGCGAGCCUGUCGACGUUCCAAGGGUGUCCCGAGCCCCGCCGCGUCUGUUCUGCGACAUCUGCGAUGUGUUUGACCUCCACGACACAGAGGACUGCCCCAAACAGGCAAUGUCGGAGAGCCCUGAGCCCACGCGUCACCACGGUGACCGCAACAACACCCGGCCCUACUGCGAGAUCUGUGAAGCGUUUGGCCACUGGACUGAUGACUGUGAUGAUGAGCAGAUGUUUUAGCCGAGGAUUGCGUCGAUGACAGCUUGGGGAGAAGUACAGACAAAAUUCGCCAAGUGCUGAAGGUGUACAAGACAUGCGACCUGUCAUUCACUGCGAGUGUCCAGCGAUGAUACGCCCAUUUCGUUUAUGGUGUGCAAAAAAAGCCUGCUUUCAAAGAUGGAGAGAAGUAACAACAGAAGAAGGGUGUGUCUUGUGUGUGGAAGGAAAUUCAGGGCAACUGUGGAAAAAACAGGACAAAAAUAUGACAACUGUUUUUUCACACCACGCCGCCUUGUGGAAGAUGUUGGGUUUGACCUCAGUGUUUUCUUUUCGUAUCUCCUUUUUUAAUAACAGUGAAAACAGUUCUUAACUAAAAGUGAGCUUAAGAAGAAGUCACAUUUUCAAUGUUUAAAGAAAUGGAGAUCAGACAAGAAAGCGCUGAGGUCGCGAUAUAUACUGUCUUGCCGUACAUUGAGGGUCCUUUGAAGUGGAAAUGUUUGAGGUGGAUUUCAAAAUGAAUUGAUGUCGGGGGAGAGCUCCAUCGUGUGAAUAGCUUGAGGAUUGAUUGAAUUGACCACCAUUUAACUAUCGAUUAUUGGAAAGAAUAUUCUGCGAGUAUCAACUGGAUGAAGAGAUUGCUGUGUGGAAAGAAUAAACGACAUCUGCGGUAAUUUGACCCGUCGUGCGGGAUGUGUGUCGUGUUCAUGCUCCUAUCUCUGUGAGAAGUUACGUUUUCCGUGGAAGUUUUCCAAUCUCUGAGGAUCUGGUUCUAGUUUCUGAGUUGAAGAAUGCAGUGUUGGUUUUAUUUAGUUUUGGUUUGUUGUUUGUUUUUUUGUUUUUUAGCUUGGUAUAAAUGUGUGUGGUCUUAACCUGACCGUAUCGUCCUGUCUUGAAACUUUUGUUCUGCUCUUUGAGUUUCAAAAACGUUUUGACAAUAUUGAAAGACAUUUUCAUUUCCAAAACAAGAUUUUCAAGACAGCCGUUCUCAUUUUGAACAAGUUCCAAGUGGCUUUUAAUUUAUUUCAACGGUGGCAUUAAUUCUUUUCUUGUUUCAAGAAAAUUGAGAGUUAUUUCCUUUUCUCUGUUUUUUUUAAAUUUGCCCCUGAAACCAAAUGGCCAUUCUGCCCAGGUUCAGUUUUUAUUAUGUCCUGUCUAUUUGUGUACGUUCGUUGGCUUUCACAGGAGCGGUCAUUACUAGCUUAUAUAUAGUGCAUGUAGAUCCCACCAUUAUUUUAUCGGUAUUUGUACUCAGUAAUAUUAGAAACAUAUCCUAGUGGAAUAAGAUCAAGUAAUAUCCUCCUAUUCUUAGCUGAAAUAUUCUCAUGCUCAUGGAUAUCCCACACAUUCACACUCUCUGGUAUUGUCUUAUGUCAAGGUGGAUUGUAAGUGCAAUACAGUUUCCAGUUUUUGAAUUUUUUUAAAGUGCAUAAGUUAGAGGGCGUAUAUUGAUUGAAGUUUAACGUGGCUUCAUGUCAUAAAUUACAACUGGUGUGACCCCCCCCCCCCCCCCUCCCUGCCCUUAAAAAGACUGGUGACAAAGAGGUUUUUAAGAAUAAUUUAAUAGACACCACACAAAUUUAUUUCCUUAACGCUUUGCCGUCACAUCUCACAGAUCAGUGAUGUUUACCACGCGUUUUUUUUUAAAUUUUCCCCAAAAUUCAUUUUCCUUUGAUGGCAGGUAUUUUAGUGUAUGAGCCUUGUGGUGGCCAAGUGUUCGGCCGUCUCUACUCCCCCAAGGAAACUUACAUGGACUUUGUAGGAAGAACUGGCGCAGGAGCUCUGACUUUUGUGUCUCGCAAUAUUGAAUGUUUUUUGCUUUUGCUCGGGGUGAGGGUUUGUGUUUGGAACUCGGGUUAAAUUUUUAUUUUAAAAGUGUUUUGCUAAGAGGCAAUAUUGUUACGUCGCUCAAUGUCUAUAUAUUCUGUGGUUUGAAACGAACCUCCACGUUUUUUGUUUCUCGUCAUGUUUGUUGUGUCUGGUUUUUUGUUUUGCUGCUCUGGACUGAUGAAGGUUUGGUUCUGCUUUAUUCGGUUUUUGUUUCUCCUUAUCAUGUCUUCCUCGGUUUUGUUCAAAGCUAAAAUUGUUUGUUUUUUUUAAUUUGAUUCUAGAGAAUGAUUUCACUUCCUAAGUGCUCAUUUUCUUCACUGUGUUUGGGCUCUGUCUUAAUGAGCGAGUUGUCUAUACAUGUGUCGCUUGCUGUUGUGACAUUAAGUUGAAGGAUGCAUACCUGUAAGUUUCCCGACAUUUUUAAGUCAAAUUUUCAAUGAUGUUAUAAAAAGUGAAAUUGUUGCCAGCAAGUGUCCAAAUUGAGUAUAGACCACGCAUUUAAGUUUUUUAAAAAGCACACGGUGUGUGAAUUUGUAAUUGAAGUCCAGCCCAAAUUGUUCUAGUUCUUUCUGUAAUAUCCCCCCCCCAUCCUUGGUUCUGUUUCCUGUCAGGGGAUCAAGAAGUCCCCCUGGAAAGUUAUUCUACGUGUGUGGUGGUCUAGGGGGUAGUGCAACUUCAACCAAUGGGAAAAUGAAUGCCGGUUUGUCGCUUCAUUCCUUACAUGUCAACAUAUUACAGCUGCCAUUUGCCUUUUCAAAAGUUCUGACAAUUAUCUUAUAUCAAAGGACCCCACAAGUAAUGUACAAUGAUAAUGUACAAGUAAUCCUACAAUAUAGGAGGGGAAAAUGAACGCCAGUUGGUCGCUACAGUUGUUACGUAGCAGCAACGUAUUACAGCUCUCGUUUGCCGUAUCGAAAGUUCUGACGAUAAUGUCAAGGGUCCCUUACAGGUAUGGAACUUCUGAGAUCCUCGGUGGAUUGACUUCUUUGUUGUGUCUGAAGAGUGGAGCGACGAGGUCACAGUGGAGCUACGAGGUCACAGAAUAUUUGUCAUGUACUAUAGGCCUACUUGUUCCUUUUUUUUUCCGAAAUAAAAUUUGCUGUGAUAUUUUUUUGCUCUCUAAUUUGAAACUGGACACGGAAGAUGUUUCUCUCAGUUUCGCUAAAAAUGACAGAUGUGUUGAUUCAUGUCGGUUAUUACAUGUGGUCAGUUUUACACUUCUAUCAUUGUGGCGAGUUAGGCUUUUGAACUCUCUGGUGUUGGAAUCAACGACAUCUAGACAGAAGGAAGAGAUACAGGGUUGUAAUGAAUUUGAAAUACACUUGUAAUGAACUCUUGAUUGAUUUGGUGGUGGGGACUGUGAAAUUAUUGUACACAAAUUGAUCUUUGUAUUUUUUCUGUACCAAUAGGACAUUGAUACCUCAGUGGGAAAGAAGGAAAAGAACUUUUUUUUUCUGUACAAUAUUGACUUUGAUGAUAUUAAUUAGGGUUAAUGUUGCCCUUUUCUAGAACUAUCUCGAUGCGUCUCGUCUCGAAUGUAUAACUUAUUUGGGGUUGUUUUUGGGGUUUUUUGUAAAGAGAGCAGAAGCUGGUGAGAGUAGCUGGUGUGAAGGGGUAAUAUUUUCCGUCACUCUUGACGACUGCCUCAUGUUUGUUUCUGGAUCUGUCUGCCACUCAGACGGGAGACGAUAUCUCAGAGCUUUCUCUUUGCGCCCCCCCCCCCCCCUGCAAUAUAUAGCUCUCUCAGGUUGUUCAGUCACUUCUGUAGACGCUGGUCGGAACAAUCUUUUUUCUUCUUUCUUUUUUAAAGAUAAAUGUGUGUUAGUGAAGAAAGCUUGAUAUCGUGUUACAGAGUUGGGGUCGUUACCAGAGGUUCCCGUUCAUCCAACAUUUCCAUGUCAUUUUGAAGAACGUAGUUGCAGUCAGUCGUCCAUUACUUGUUUUUUGACGUUCGUGUAAUUUAAUUUGACUGGAAAAAAAGUGACUGAUGCCUGCAACUGAUACAUUUCAUUUGUAAAUAUCCCGAUUCUUGCUCAUUUACCCCUGGUGAAGGAAUAUAUCAGCUGGUAAUGUAACUAGUAGGUGCUAUGUGCUAACUAUGGGUAAGAAAAGUGCUGGUUUUCACAUUCCUCUCCGUGCUGUUGUAGAGAACUACUGCCCCGAGUCCUCGAAUCCCCUGGAUAUAUAUAUACAUUAAAUACGUAUGUGUGCAUGAUGAACAUUGUUACUUUCGUUUCUUUUCCUAGGGACUUGGAACCUAGAAUGCUAACGAAGUGAAUUUUUUUUUUUUUAAAUAAAUGUUAGUCGUUGAUUUUAUUGGUGUGGUGUAGUGGUUUGGCUCUGAGUUUGUCGUGAAGGGUUCGCCUCACCACUGCAGGGAACGCCGGCUGUUAACUACUACUGUAUCUUUUAUUCAUGGAUAAAAUUUUACGUUUGGUGUUUGUACAUCCAGAUAGGAACUCUGCGUACAGUGACAUUCUGCGCGAGUUCAGGAUAGUUUUCCCCCGCGGCGUAUGCUCUCUCAGUCUCUUGGUCUCAACGUUGCCUGUUGUCCUCCUGUUGCAAGUGGUUCCUGGUAUUGCUAUGCAAAGGGGAAAUGGUACAACAGUUCAACAGGGACCCAUCCUUUUUUAUUGUAAGACGUUUACUUAUUAUAAAUGUAUUUUUAUCAUUAUAAUUGAUCAUGUAUUUUUAUGACAGCUAUUUCUUUAUGAUUUUUUUUUUUUUGUGGCCCCCAAAUGUUUAAUUUCUUUCUAAGCAGAUAUUUUACUGUCCUCCAUGGAAGUGGAAGCUUGUCGUCUUUCUUGUCUGACAUGAUGAAUGUUUUCUUCUGGUUCAAGAGGCGUGAAUAUUUGGAAGGUUUGACUGGUUAGUUUUUUUUGUCUUUUCCUUACUCCCAACCCCGUGAACGUUUUGGCGAGCAGAGAGAGUGGUGAGGGUGUGUCUGUGAGGUGGUAGUGUACUAUAGAUUGCAGCUGUUGACUGGUGUUGAGUGUGUUGUUUGAUGAAGGAAGACACAGUUCUACUGGUGGUCAAUGUAUUGUUGGAUGAAGGAAGAUGCAGUUAAUCUGAAGAGAUGGGGGGAGGGGUGCAGUGUUUUUUCCAUGUCUUGUCAGCGUUAUUAUUCUAGAGUUUUUGGUGAAAUGUGACUGUUCUUCAAAAUGACAGUACAUCUUCCCCACCCUACAUUUCCCCACCCCACCCCUAAGUUAGUUCUGUACAAGUGUCACCUUUAGGGUAUGUGAAAGAGAACAAUCACUGCUGUAACUGUGGAGAGAAUUUUGUCUUUUUCAAGAUCAAGAUGCAAAAUGGCUGGUACAAAGUGACGAAUUCUACGAUGAAACGAUUCGAGAAGCUUUUAGUUUUUGUUACAAUUUCUAAUUAUGGAACACGGAGCUCUACAUUUAGGUGUCGGUGUAAUGGGUUUGUUUUAAUCCAAAUCUGAAGAAAUGCUCUAGGAAAUGAUGUCUCUCUGGUUCAGAGAAAAAUGUUAAUGAAAAGGCGCCAGCAGAUUGAGUCAGUUUGUUUUCCGUUGCUUGUGUGAAAUCAGGUUUCUAUAGUUGCUCAUUUUGUGACAGACAACACCCCCCCCCCCCCCCCCCCCCCCCGUCUUCUCGCCAGUCGCUCAUUUUAAUGGUUUGAUGGUUUGUCUUUGCUCUGAAUGCUCCCUAGUCUUGUUGGAUAAGUUGAUCUUCAGGGAAAUUUUUGCUCACCAAAGACAGAACGAAUGUCUUGUCAACCGCUAAAAGUUCAACGAGUGCACAAACUGGUGGAGUCUGUUUUGUUUUACACGGGAAUACUGUUUGUAGAAUGAGUGAAAACCUUUGGAAGUUUGGGGGGGGGGGGGUUCUUCUCGAUUUGUUGUAAUUUGAGGAUUGAGUGUGAAGACUGUUAAGAAGUUUGAGACAUUUUUGGUGCAAUUGAGUACUGGAAGUAGGAGAAAGGAGAGUGAUUUGACGAUGGGUGUUUUCUCUUUGUUGUGUCGAGUCUUUCUGUCCAGUUUGUGGAGAGACUUAUGGUGUUAUUUCUACGAUGUCUAGCUGUUUUUAAUGCCCGAAAGGGAUGUCAACACAAUGCCAAAAAAUUUGUAUGGGUUUCAUGAUUCUCUGUUGUUGUUGUUGUCGUUGUUGUUGUUGUUGUUGUCGUUGUUGUUGUUGUUGAAAGUGUAGUGAGAAAGUCUAACAGUGUGCAGAUGUUUUGUCGUGUCGAAGUAACCGGGUCGUAGACCCCGGAGAACAAAGGAUCAAUGGAUUCGUCAUCAUGUUAUUUAUGCCCUUGACAGUGUGACUAUGUGAUGCGUACACCGUGCGUGGGGAUGGGCCGCCCUUCGGAAUUUUGUGGAACUUUGGAUUGUAACUUCUCAAGCUAGGGGCGUUGUGUAAUUUGACGGGUAGGACUUUUGGAUUAAUACUUUGCAGUCACUUGACACAAUAAUGCGCCUGUGAGAAUUAUCUGUUCCAGUCACUUCUGGGCCAGGCCCAUGAAGUCGGUUGCAGUCACUCUCCUGGCUGGGUGACCAGAUGGAGGUAUUUUGUAUUGCUCGCUGUGUGACUGCAGAGUGUUAAUGUUGUCUUAAAUGUUGUGAAUUUUUGUACUGGUGUUUUAUUUCUAGUGGUUAGGUGCUGGACUUGUUAUCAGAAAGUUGUGGCUUUGCUGCUCGGAUGAGUUGUGGACAGAAUGAUUGAAAGAUUGAGAUACUGUCCCCGUUUUUCUUUCCAGCCACAAGUCAAUACUUCAUGGUUGUUGGAGAUGAAGUUUGUGAAAUAUGAGUGGUGGGGGCCUAACAGUCUGCGAUGCUGGAUGUCCCCAUUGGGAAAGAGAGGUGUCAAUACAAUUACAAUUACAA